AUGAAAUGGAACAAUAUUAUGUUAGUAAAAAUAAUUUUUACAUCGAUAAUAUAUGUUUAUUCCGAUGCAUUAUUCAAUUUGAAUGAAAAAUUCAUAACAACAUAUGAUCGUACUCGUAAUCAUUUAAUAUCAAUGAUAAAUCCUUUAAUCAUUUGUAAUGAAGAUAACGCUAUAAUUAUACAUCGUGGUAAACGAUUUGAAGAACAAGUAAUACCUAAACUUUAUCACGAUGUAAAAUCCAUAUCACAUAUACCAUUAAAAAUCUAUCUAACACUUAUGUUUAAUCUUGGAAAUUUAUCUAAUGAUAAUUAUAUUGAAUUAAAACAAUAUCUGCAAGAUAUACGUUCUCUUCGAAAUUCUUUUCAAUUUCCAUCACAUAUACAAAAAACUCAAUAUGAUAUUAUUGAUUUAUCAAUAGAAUAUUUACGAGUAAUAUUAAAAACAAAAUUUGUUGAUAAAAUUCAAUUAAAAAAAUUUUGUCAACAAGCACGAAUUUUAUUUUCAAUUAAUAUUGAAUUAGCUGCACGUAUACAUCUUGAUAUGCUUGAUUCAAAAAUAAGACCAUGGUAUCAAAAUCAUUUUAAUGAUACUGAACGUAAAUCUCUUAAAGUUCUCAUUCUGGGAUCAAAAACAGCUCGAUAUGGUUUUCUUGCAAAAGCAUAUUUUUUUACAUUACUUGAAGAACAAGAUGAAGGAAAACAUAUUGUAUUUGCUGAAAGUAUUGAUAAUGAACAAAAAGCAUUAGAAAUAUUAGGUGCAUGGAUUUUAGAUGCAGAAGCGAGUAAUAAUUUUUUUGAUGGUGAUACUGAACGAUUGCAUCGCGAUGUACUUGCUGAUGCAGCCAAAACACACGUGAAACAAUUAUUUGAAAAAUCAAAAUGUUCAUUAUCAGUUUAA